AUUAAAUUAUCCACCAUCAAAGCAUCAUUUUCAUCCAUUGUGAGCACAUCGGGCCCGUGAGCUGAGCUGAGUUUAGAACGCGUAGAGAUUAGGGAGCUUUGCUGUCGAGAUGGCAUUCAAAAUUGUGAUUUUGUCCGUUGCCCUCGUUGGGCUGGCUGCGGCCAAUCCUGCCAGUCAACCUGCUUUCUGGAAGGGAACUCCCAUGGAUGGGAUGGUCGAGGAGAUGCGAUCCAUGUGCAGCUCGGAUAACGACUCCGGCGCUUGCUUGAAGUACAAAAUCAUGAACUUCUUGGAUACGGUGUUCAAAAAGGAUAACUUCCAGCUCACCGAUGACGUCGAAGUGCACGGAAAUGGAUAUGCUGGAUUGGGAGCCCGCAGCAGUAACGGAGUCUUGGACAAUGUCGAACAGUACCUGAAGAGCCACGAUGUCACCUUCAAGCUGCCAGUUGCCGACGCCAAGGUCACCGUGUCGCCCCGCAACAUCGACAACGAAGAACUGAGCCUAACCGUCAGCUUCCCAAAAACCUCCGGACGUAGCGCCGUCGAAGCCCGCAAGUCCAAGCUGAAGAAGAUCGUCAUCCCAAUCAUGGUGUUCGUCCUUCUGAAGGCCAUGACUCUGAUCCCAAUGGCUCUCGGUAUCUUGGGACUGAAGGCCUGGAACUCCCUGCAGCUGUCCUUCUUCUCGUUCAUUGUCUCCGUUGGACUGGCCAUCUUCCAGCUGUGCAAGAAGCUCGCCGUUGACAACCACCACCCGCACAUCGCCGCCCACGGCCCAUGGGAUGCUGGCCGAUCGUUUGCCGCUGCUCCAGCCGUGCCCGAGUACGUCGGACAGGAUCUGGCCUACAAUGCGUACGCCUAAGCGGCGGGACAACAGUGUAGUCAUCAGCGGCGCAUCAGCAGGAGAAUCGAAAUCAAUAAGACUCAAUGGCGUUGCUCGGAUCGGAUGGAUUCGAGCAGUGCCGGAAGCGACACCCAAAGUGUUUUAGUGCGUGUAGUAUCGAACUAAUUUAUUUAUUUAUUCUAACCUUCACUGUGAAAUGAAGGAUGCUUUGUUGAUACGAAUAUGUUGAAGUGCAAUAAAAUCUACGAACGAA